AUGCCAAUCACUGGAGUAUACUUCAUCCCCGCCCACCCAAACACUACAACAGCGCUCCCAGCCCUAACAGAGCGCCUUCGCACCGCAUACCCAGAACAAGAUCUCGUUCCUAUCGGCCGCUGGGCCCUAGAACACAAGCUCAUGCGCGAUACGCCAGGCCUCCUGCCUCAAUCUGGAAAAUCUACUAAACCCCGCUACAUGCAGUUCCUCUCUUUAAGUCAUUACCCUAUGCACGGCUUCAUUUACACCUCUGAGCCCGAGACUCCUCAUCCGGCUGCUUCACCAACUCCUGCUUCAUCAGCCACGCCUCGUGGUGGUGGUCAUGCGGGGGGAGUCAUCAAUGGUGAUGACGGUCGUGCCGCCAUCCUCUUACCCCACACUAUUCCAACACUUCGUCUAUGCCGCACAACCAUUCUGGGCGCACCGUUUGACCAUACGUAUCCCAUUGCUAGGGUGCGUGGAACGGUUGUUGAGAUUGAGUGGCGUGGUCCGUCUGUUAUUGAGGGGUUAGCUGGGGACGGGGACGAUGAAUUCGGUUUUGCGGUUGAAGAGGCGGAUGUUGAUGCUGAGUUUGAAGGGGCGAGGGAAGCGAUUCUCGUCAAUGGAAUUGGGAAGGAGAUUAAGGAGAAGUUGAGGAGGGGGUCUGGGAGGAGAGAGAAGGUCAAAGAUUACGAGGAUGGGAAUGGAAUGAAGGUUGCGAGUGAGGGGGAGGAUAUUGACCCGUCCAUUGGGACAGAUCUCGCGAGGCAGUAUAUGGAGGUUCUGAGGUUUAAUCGGUAG